AUUUUCCCUUCCGCCGCUGUUGGUGUGGCCUCCCGCCGCCGACGAGAAUCUUCUCCUUUCUUCCCCCUCUUCUUUUCUCCCAUGGCUUCAUAUCUGUUCGCUCUUCCACCACUGCUGUUCAAACCUCAUCCAGAUCCGCCGCCAGGUAAGCCCUCAACAGAUCUGCGCGAGGGGUUAGUUUUCGUCGAACCUCCCAACCCACCAGAUCCUCCAGAUCUGGCCGCCACCUUCACAUAUUCAUUGUUCUCUGCCGCAGUUGUCUUCAAUCCCCCGACUGUCCCCCUCUUUCAUUUGGAUCUAGGUUUUCAGCGGCUCGUCCUAGAGCUUGCUUUCCUUGUAUCCUCUAGGGAUUCGCUAUUGACGCUUGGAUGUCCUCCUUCUGCAGUAUGCAGUCCUCCUGUUCUCUUACCAUCCCUCCACCUCGAAAGCAUUGAUGCUGCCUCUCCACCUCCUCGCCUCGAAGCCUUUCUGUCUCUCCCGCUCCCCCAGGGAGCAUUGUGUCGAAAAACAAAAGUCAUGAGGCUGUUAGUCUCUUGUUCAGUAUUUAAUGGUGCUCACGGCUUCACUUUCUCGACUAUGGAGUCUGUGUUUCUUCCUCUUGGUGGUUUCCUUUCUCUUGGUGGUUUCGUUCAAGACAACACAGUCUGCUCUUGUCUAGAUGUUGCUUCGGUUGAGCUUGUUAGCUCCCGCUUAUCCUUGGUUGAGCUUGAAAGUCCAACACACACAAAAAGAAAAAACCCAAUCAAGUCAAAGCUGGGGAAAGGAUACACGUAUCGUCAAAUCCAAACAGAUCUCAUCGCCUUCGAGACUUGUUCGUCGCUGAUUUCUUCGAUUCCGUCGUCACUUCUCUGCGAAUUAUUAUUCGAAACGAUGGAUUACGACAUCAGGAACAAGUCUGGCCCUCCCUACGGUCGCCCUAUGUACGGACCUCCCUCGACGUCUCCUUCUCCAGCAUCUAGCCACCCUAUGUACGCCCCUUCGCCUUCGGGAUACCCGAAGAUCGGCCAACAAAGCGGCCACGGCCAACCGUUUUUCCCUCCGCCGGAGAGAAACUCCUCCUUUCAACAUUCCUCUUCUCCGUUCCCUCCUUCUUCUUCUUCAUCUGGAUUGGGAAUUAAGGUGACUCUGAAGCCAGAGUAUAGGAUUACUCCUCCGCCUCAUUUGUUGCCUCGAGCCGGAGAUAUUCCCCGGAGCGGGUUUCAGUUCGAUUUCGGUUUGGAAAAGAAAGUCCUUGCGGAGGCGGAGAAAGAUAAUCCAGAUUGGAGCAAAUUUGGGACCGAGAAUCCUCCACCUGCUAAUUUUCCAGAUCCACCAACACCUUCAGCGGGUGUAGAUCCUGUAGUGAUGAAAUAUGCUGCGUCUGGGCUCAAUCGUGAAGCUGUUAGCAUUGCAGUUGCAAACUAUGGUGAUAACCCCACAAAGGUUCAGGAGUUUGCAAAUGGGUUUACAGCGAUACGUGAGAUGGGAUUUCCAACAAACGCAGUUGCAGACGCUCUCUUCAUGUUUGAGAACGAUACUGAAAAAGCAUUGGCACAUUUGCUCCAUGGUUCUACUUGA